AGUGCUGACUCCGAGGAGCGGCUCAUGAACUGGUUGCUGGGAGAAGAUCGCUACAAUCCCCUCAUCCGGCCGGCCGUCAACAGGACCGAGAGAGUCACGGUGAAGCUCCAAGUAUCUCUGGCACAGCUCAUCAGUGUGAAUGAAAGAGAACAGAUAAUGACCACAAAUGUCUGGCUCACUCAGCACUGGGUGGAUUACAGGUUAUCAUGGGACCCGGCAAAGUACGAAGGUAUCGACAAGCUGCGUAUUCCAUCAAGACACAUCUGGCUCCCGGACAUUGUUCUGUACAACAACGCUGACGGGACCUACGAGGUGACAGUCUUCACCAACGCCAUUGUUGUUUUCAAUGGCAGUAUCAACUGGCUUCCUCCAGCCAUCUACAAAAGUGCAUGUAAGAUCGAGGUCAAGCAUUUUCCCUUUGACCAGCAGAACUGCACCCUCAAGUUCCGCUCGUGGACGUACGACCACACCGAGAUCGACCUGAUCCUGAAGACUGAGGCAGCUAGUAUGGAUGACUUCACUCCCAGUGGGGAGUGGGAUAUCUUGGCACUUCCAGGCAGAAGGACUGUCAGCCCUCUGGAUCCCACCUAUGUGGAUCUCACGUAUGACUUUAUCAUCAAGAGGAAGCCUCUUUUCUACACCAUCAACCUAAUUAUUCCCUGUGUUCUCAUCACCUCGCUGGCUAUCCUGGUCUUCUACUUGCCGUCAGACUGCGGAGAGAAGAUGACCCUCUGCAUCUCCGUCCUCUUGGCGCUCACUGUGUUCCUGCUUCUGAUCUCCAAGAUCGUUCCCCCAACCUCACUGGAUGUGCCUCUGAUUGGCAAGUACCUGAUGUUCACCAUGGUGCUGGUGACCUUCUCCAUCAUCACCAGUGUGUGUGUGCUCAAUGUGCACCACCGCUCCCCCAGCACCCACACCAUGCCUUCCUGGGUCAAGCUGAUCUUUCUCGUCAAGCUGCCUGCCUUACUCUUCAUGAGACGCCCUAACAACAACUCCGCUCGCCAGCGGCUUCGCCAACAGCGGUGCUUGAGGGCGAGGAGAUCCAUUUUGGGUCUGGGUUACCCAGUUGCAUCCAAAACAGGCAUCAACACGUCAUCUUCUGCCCUGCUCUCCUCUGACUCUACCAUCUCCACCCCAGGACACAAAAAUAGAAGCAGCUCCGACUGGGCUGCUGAUGUCCAGGAGGCCGUGAACGGGGUUCGCUUUGUGGCCGAGCACAUGAUGGGAGACGACGAUGAUCAGAGUGUGAUAGAGGACUGGAAGUACGUGGCCAUGGUGGUGGAUCGUAUGUUCCUGUGGAUCUUUGUCAUAGUGUGUGUGGUGGGAACGCUGGGUCUGUUUCUGCAGCCUCUGUUUCAGACUACCAACUUUCCAAACCAGCAGCCCAGCUCCGAGACUCCUCGCAUCUGAGGAACAAACAAGAGAGACUGAGCAACAUUAGGGUCUUUUUUUAAAAAAACUUAGCGUGGUGCUUUAUUGGCAGGGACCAGAGGCACUGACAUCUGUGGCGUCUGUGGAAAUUCCCACCAAUAAGGCACCUUAGAUGGUUGCAGGAGAAUACAAACAAAUAUCUCCUUCCAGUAUAAACCUUGUGGCCUGUAGCCAUAUAGCCCUGC